AGGAGUGAAACUCAAUGACAUGGUUUUAGAGGGUUUGAUUGGUGAGGAAAAAUUGGACGCAUUCAAUAUGCCAUUCUAUACACCUACAACGAAGGAGAUAGAAGAGGUGAUCGAGGCUGAAGGAUCAUUUACUUUGCAAAACCUUCAAGUUUUCAAAAAUGAUUGGGACUCUUAUAUAAAGCAAGCUAACAGUGGCCUUGAUAAGAAGACAAGGGCUGCAAUAUUUGCCACUGACAUAAGGGCUGUGGCAGAGCCGAUUCUGGUGAGCCAAUUCGGAGAAGAAGCGAUGAAUGAUUUGUUUCACAGGUUUGAAGAUGUUCUUGAUCACAUGAAAAGGGAGAACUGCCAGUUCAUUAACCUGGUUAUCUCGUUGACAAAGAAGUGUUUUCGGACAUGUCGGUUGGGCUGCGCCUCGAAGAGGGUCACCGAUUCUAAAUCCUCAAUAGGUCGUGCCGGUGGGGUGACAGCCUCAUCCCUGGGAUCAUCUGGUUUGUCCGCCCCCUUGUCUUUCGGUACGGCCAUUUUGGUAGAAACUGAAUAUGCUUUGCGAAGCGUAGCUCUUACCGAUUCCCUUGUUGCCGAAACGUAA